AUGGACGCCAUUGAGAGCCUCCUCUCGUGGGCCGAAACCCAAGGCGUAACAGUGUCCAGAGUUGGCCCCCGCGCUCUCCCAGGAAGAGGCAUAGGCAUGGUCGCAACCUCUCCCAUAAAGAAAGACGACACAAUCCUCGACGUCCCCAUACCUUGCCUGAAAUCCCUCGCAACCAUUCCAAAGCCCCUAACACGGCCCUUUCCCAAAGAUACCGCCGUCCACGCCCUCCUCGCCCUCGACAUCGCCCUUGACGACACCCUCGACUUCAAAACUUGGUCUGCCGUCUUCCCUACGCCUCAAGACCUCUCCUCGUGCCCCCUUACCUGGCCUGAAUCUCUAACAUCCCUCCUCCCACCGACGGCAUCCUCCCUUCUCGCUGCUCAGCGCGAAAAGUUCGAGGCCCACUGGGCUUUGGUGGCCGCCUCGUUUCCGGAUAUCAAGUACGAAGACUACCGCCACGCCUGGCUCCUCGUCAACUCGCGCACAUUCUACCACGUCACCCCCAAGACCGCGAAACGCUCCCGUGACGACCACAUGAUCCUCCAGCCCGUCGCCGACCUCCUCAACCACUCCUCGCGGGGCUGCUCCGUCGCCUUCGACGACCAGUCCUUCACUAUCAAGGCUGACAGGGACUACGCUCCCAAGGAAGAGAUCCACAUCUGCUACGGCCGGCACAGCAACGACUUCCUCCUCGUCGAGUACGGCUUCGUCAUGGCGCAGGGCGAGAACGAGUGGGACGAGGCGUGUCUCGACGACGCGGUCCUCCCGCGGCUGAGCGCUGCUCACAGACGACGGCUUGAGGAGAGGGGGUUCUUGGGCAAGUAUAUGCUCGACGCCGAAAUGGUAUGCUACCGGACGCAGGUGGCGCUGCGAACGCUGGUGUUGCCUUCGAGGCGCUGGGCGCAGUUCGUUGACGGGUUCACGGAUGGGGAGGCGGAGCAGCCCGAGGUCGACGCGCUGUUGCGUGAGAUUCUCACAGCGUAUGAUCAGGAAAUCGAGUCCAAGGUCGAGGCCGUAGGCUUACUGGACGAAGGAGAAGAAUUCCAGAGGCAGAUGGUCGUGACGCGCUGGAAACAGAUACAGGAGCUGGUGCGAGCCACGAUCCAGAAACUCGAUACAUGA